CCCGUCGUCAGACCGACACAGACCGCAAUGGCCUCGUUUGCACGCUCGUUUGCCCCCCCGUCGGUGGCCUCCUUCCCGACUUUUGGGCGGCGGCUGCUGGCGACCGCCGCACCUGCCGCGGCUGAGGUGCUUGAGGUUGCGCCGACCAAGGAGACGACGCUCUCGUCCGGGCUUCGUGUGGCCACGGAGGCGUCCGGCAGCGACACGGCGACGGUCGGGGUGUGGAUCAACGCCGGCUCGAGGUUUGAGACGGACGAGAACAACGGGACUGCGCACUUUCUGGAGCACAUGGCGUUCAAGGGACGUCGUCGCGGAGCCAGACGCAGCUCGAGCGCGAGGUGGAGAACAUGGGCGGGCAUCUGAACGCGUACACGUCGCGCGAGCAGACUGUGUACUACGCCCAGGUGCUCAAGGACGACAUUCCCAAGGCUGUCGACAUCCUCUCCAACAUCCUCCAGGACUCGCGGCUUGACGAGGACGCGAUCGAGCGUGAGCGCGGGGUCAUUCUUCGUGAGGCUGAGGAGGUGGCCAAGGACACGACCGAGGUUGUGUUUGACCUCCUCCACGCCGGCGCGUACAACGGAACGCCGCUUGCGCGGACGAUUCUGGGCCCGGAGGAGAACAUCAAGUCGAUUACCAAGGCGCAUCUUGAGGACUACAUUGCGACGCACUACACGGCGCCGAACAUGGUUGUUGCCGCGUCGGGCGCGGUGGACCACGACGCGCUGUGCGAGCUUGUGGACAAGUCGUUUGGCUCGCUGCCGACGGCGCCGGCCGGCAAGGCCGCCGCGCCGGCGCACGUCGCGUCCGAGUUUACCGGGACCUCGGUGCAGCAGCUCGAUGCCAACGUGCCGCUGGCGCACUUUGCGCUUGCGCUCGAGGGCGUCGGCUGGACGCACCCGGACUCGUUUGCGCUCAUGGUGGCCCAGACCAUGAUCGGCUCGUGGGACCGCGCGUCCGGCGGCGGCAAGCACGUCGCGUCGCCGCUCGCCCACCUUGUGGCCAACAACGAGCUCGCCCACUCGAUGAACUCGUUCCACACCGUGUACUCGGACACUGCGCUCUGGGGCGUCCACGCUGUCACCGAGCCGUCCAACCUUGACGACCUCAUCUACGUCAUCGAGCAGGAGUGGGUCCGCCUCUCGUUCUCGGUCGGCGACCGCGAGGUCGAGCGUGCCCGCAACCAGCUCAAGACCAACAUCCUCAUGCAGCUUGACGGCACCGCCGCCGUCGCCGAGGACAUUGGCCGCCAGAUGCUGACCUACCGCCGCCGCCUCACCCCGGCCGAGGUCUUUGCCCGUAUCGACGCCGUCGACGCCGACACCAUCAAGCGGGUCGCCAACGAGUACCUGUACAACAAGUCGCCCACCAUUGCCGCCGUCGGCUCGCUUGACGGCAUGCCCGACUACGCCCGUCUUCAGUCGUGGAACUACUGGCUCCGCGCCUAAUGGUGGUCUCUCCGACCAGCUAGGCCGGACCAGAGGCCGAGGCCAGCGAGAUAAAAACAACAAAAGCCCC